AUGCCUGCGUUCAUGUUCACGGCCGGUCUCCUCGUGCUGCUGCAUACGUCCAGCAAAAUCGAUACAAACAACCCCGCGGUGCAGGACGAAAUCGUUGAGAAGCACAAUGCCAUCAGAAGAGGAGUCCAGCCGACCGCCAGCAACAUGCUGAAGAUGAGCUGGAACAGUCAGGCAGAAUCCAAUGCUCAGAGCUGGGCCAACACUUGCGCCAUGGGUCACAGCCCCCAAACCAAAAGGACCAUUAGCACUAGUGGAUGUGGAGAGAACAUUUACAUGUCCAGUGCACCAAACUCCUGGAGUGAUGCCAUUCAGUCCUGGGACGAUGAAGUCAAGGACUACAGAUAUGGAUAUGGAUCAAUAAACGGAGGUGUUAUUGGUCACUAUACCCAGCUGGUGUGGUACAGAUCCAACGAGAUUGGCUGUGGUGUGGCAUACUGCCCAAACUCCCAGUACCAGUACUUCUACGUCUGCCAGUACUGCCCUCCUGGUAACUACCAGUACGUUCAUCCAUACAAAGCUGGACCUUCCUGUGGUGACUGCCCUAAUGCAUGUGACAACAGACUCUGCACCAACCCAUGCCCUUACAUUGACAAGUACAGCAACUGUGCUUCGCUGAAGAGCCAAUGGGGAUGCAGCAAUGGUGACAUCGCCUCCUGGUGCCCCGCCUCUUGCAAGUGCACCAACAAAAUCUUCUGA